UUUUGACCAACAAUUUGUUUUCAAAAUUUCAGGUUUAUGAUUCUAUAAUAAAUAAUUAUUAAUUGGUACUAUUGGUAGUUCUAAUAUUUUGUUUUGAAGAAUUGUUUACUUUCCUCCUCCGCUCCUUGAAUUGGCAUUGAUCAAACUCGGUGAUGACUCAGUAAUGAUUUUUAAAAUAUGCUGUUGCUUAAUAUGCAAGAGGGUGUGUUAUUUGUUGGGUUAGAUGUAAACACUCAAGAAAUGGUUGAUUCAAGUGAGAAAUCUUUGAAAAUCCAAUAAUUAUAUGAAUAGUAAGCAGCCUCUUUCUCUGUCUCUAACACUAUGACGAUACUAUUCAUUUUUCUCUUAAUUCUCGUCAAUUACUCCCAAGGAAUUGAAAAAGGUAGCUAUAUAGGUUGCUAUAAAUAUGGAGGAAAUCAAACUGUGAUAUCGAACAUUCCGAAUGUUGAAGACUGUGUCGAAAAAUGUGAAAAGAAAUCCUACAAAUAUGCUUUAUUAUUCAACUCCUGUUUCUGCAGUAACUUGUUGGGAGAAUUGGAAAAUUCCAAUGGAACAGAAAAAUGUACCCAAUACUUAGUGUAUUCAUCAGAAGAUUUAAUUCCUGGUCCACCAAAAAAUUUUGCAGUGACAUCAAUAACAGAGGACCAAGUUGAAAUAUCUUGGGAAAAACCUGAUAGUAAUAUUGAAAUUACAAAAUAUGAAAUAACAGCAGGAGUACUGCAUACAUUCUCUCAAUACCCAAUUCAAAAUGUUUCAUGGGUUUAUCCUUACACAACAUUCCAUACCACCUUAAGUCUUCAGUCAGCUUCUAAAUUUAACUUGACUAUUCAAGCUAGAUCUGAAAAUGCACUGGGUAUUCCAGCCAGUAAGAUUGUGGAGACAUUAGUCGGGGAGCCUGAUAAUCCACCCUUACCUCCAAAAAUUUUAUCAAGAAGUGGAAGUCAAAUGAUGAUUAAAAUUUAUCCAGUUGUAAAUAAUAAUGGUCCCAUCAAUUAUUACCAAGUUGUAAUACUGGAUGAAGUAGCUAAGGGUAUUUUUCAACCCGAGUAUCUCAAAAAUUACCAGGAAUCUGUUGAAAAUGAUUUGAAUUAUUAUAUAACAGCAGAAUUAUUACCUGAACAAAUAAAUGCCAACUUUACGAUUGGAAACAAAAAACAGUAUGGUCUUUAUUACAAUGCUCCAUUGCUUUCAAGUGUUAGAUAUAAUGUUCUAGUAGGUAUUGUAAGUAAAUACAAUAAUGUAACGAAAGUAUCUUAUGGUAUUCCAAGUAAGAUACAACAUAGCAGUAUGGAAUACAACAAUCCUGAAAAUAGUACUUCUGGCAUUGCUACAUUAUUGAUUAUUGCAAUUAUAAUUCUUAGUAUACUGCUUAUUGCAGGUUUUAUUGGCUUUUUUGUAUUGAGAAAACGUGUCAUAAGUAGAUAUCAACACAAUAGACUAUCAGAACAGGAAUUAACAUUGCAAGGUCCUAUGAUAAGUAUAGAAAAUUCUGCUUAUCUCCCAGAAGAUGAACAAAUUCCAGUGAACCACUAUAAGAAUUUGAAGAAAAAUGUGAGAAUAUUCAAUUUAAGGGAUGAAUUGACUAUUGAUGCCCACUCAAUCAUUGGAAAAGGUAGAUUUGGCACAAUUUGUAAUGCUGUUCUCAAUGAAAACAAUCAAACUACUUCCUUAGUAGCAUACACGGUUGCUGAUAAAAGUUUAGCACCCGAAGAAAAGAAAAUUAUGUUGAAAAAUCUUGAUAUGCUGAUAAAAUGCGGUAAACACAUGAAUCUAGUUGAACUUGUAGGUACUAGUGAAUCUUCACACAUGCUUUAUGUGCUCUUAAAAGUGUUUCCGAUGAAUCUCAAACAAUUCUUAAUCAAUAAUAGAAUUAUGCUUCCGAACAAAUUUUGCAAAGUAUCUGAAUCUCAAAUAUUAGAUAUCAUCAUCCAAAUAACUAGAGGACUGAUGGAACUGGAAAAAUGUAAAAUAAUUCAUACAAAAAUUUGUGCCAGAAAUAUUAUGUUGACUGAAGAUUUGGUUCCAAAAAUAUUUGGCUUUGGUUUAGCUGACUACGUUGUUGAACAAGAAUUGGAUUACACAAGAUGGACUGCCGUUGAGGUUCUGAAAGGGCAAGACUUCAAUUCAAGAAGCCCAAUUUGGUCUUUCGGCAUUUUAUUAUGGGAAAUAUGUUCUUUAGGAGGUACUCCGUUCAGUAACAUAACAAACAUUGCAGAACUCACAGAUAAAGUAACCAAAGGCGCUAGAUUACCACAGUUGAAUUAUUUCAGCGAUGAAGUGUACCAAAUUAUGUUAAAUUGCUGGCAAAUUGAUAUGAGUGAAAGACCAAACUGUGACAGUCUAUGCAGGAGUGUAGAGAAUCUCAAUGAAAAUUUGAUAAUUCCAUUUGUCUCAUUCCAAUUAUACCAAACAUUCGAAUAUGAACAGUACAAACCUGAAAUAGAAUUUAAGCCUUUUAAUGUGUAGGUAAUUUUUGUUUUUUAUUGUAUUUUUUAUACAAGUGACGCAGGAAAUAAGUUUUUGUGCUUGAAUCUCUAGUUUAGUGGAAUUUUUCUUUAGUUAUCAUAAAAUCAAAAUUCUGCAAUGUUUCACAUUAUAGAUUUCAAUAGAAAUCACCCUUAUGCCACAAAAAAAUUUUAGCAUUAUAGAAACAAGGUGUAAAUUAAUACUGUUUUCCAAUUUUGAAGGAAUGCUUCGAUGUUACCAUAAACAUUAAAUUCUAGUUUUUCACAUUUUUAAAUAAAAAGUUAUAUUUAUGUGGUUUCUAUUUGCAGUUGUAUAAAAAGUAUUGUGAAAAACUUGUUCCAAAGCCUCUCUGUACACUUGCUGUCAGCUAAGUUGUCCAAUUUAUCUUGCUGAGGUGCAAAGAGUUGUUUUUGAACCUUGUUAUUCAACACGUGAUUAUGUACUUAUCCAGAAUUCGUCCAUUUUUUUUUAAGUUUGUAUUACAAUUUUUCUUUACAAACUCAUUUUAUUGAUAACAUUUUUUUGAAAUAUAUUUUUUGAAUAUAAA